AUGGAAAAUUAUAAUUUGAAGGCUGUUUUUAGUCGAUAUGGAGAGUUAGAAGAAGAUGGCAUUACCACACGACUUAAAGGUAUAUACAGACAAGCUUUUAUAACCUACAAAGAUGAACUUAGUUUACAACCUUUUUACGCUCAAUGGAGUGUAUGGGCGUUUAAAGAAUGUCUCUCGGUGAUACCUGUUUUGCUAUCUGAAGAUAAAAAAUCUGAAAGGUUCCAAUUUGCAGCAAAAAUUAAUGGUUUACCGUUCAAUACUUGUGCACGUGAUUUACAACCAUUGGUUACAGAAACUAGCGCUACGUCUAUUUUUAUUCCACGCAACCCCGUGACAUAUAAACCUAUGAAAUAUGCUUUUGUAUAUUUUAAAAAUGAUGAAGAUUUUAGUAUUGCAACCAAUAAUGUAUAUGAAUAUGAAGGUCAACAACUAGAAUGGUCCCCGUUAGAUACCAAAUCUUGUCAUAGAUGUGGAUAUACGGGACAUGUAGCGAAGGAAUGUCAAACAGAAUUACGACAACGUUCAAAUAAAUUAAAUCGUAACCAACUGCUCCAACAGUUUAAAAAUCAUAAUAAAUCUAGAUUCAAUUCAUACGCCGAUGCUACUAAGGAAAAUAGAUAUCCUAAUAGUCGACAACGACAUUGGAAUCAAAAUAAUAUUAUCAAUCGACAACGUAAUAACAAUACUUACACCUUUAGUGAAGAAGAAAUGCAAGCUUGGGGUAACGAAAAAGAUAUAAGUGACAACAACUACAACCCAAUUCAAGGCGGUACUAGGAAAGGAGGCUCUAUGCAUGAUCUAAAUAACAAUAAACAUACAUCUUCACAUAAUGAUUUAUCAGAUAUUAAAAAACAACUCACUACUUUAAAUGCAAUGAUUACCGAAUUUAGAAAAGAAAAUGAUAUAGUUAGAAAAGAAAUCAAUUCAAUUAAAGAAACCUUUAAAAAUAAUAAUAAUCGUAAAGGUCCCCAACAUAAGCCUAACAAAUUACCAAUAGUUAACGAUAAUAACAAGCGUGCCAAACCUGACUCAUCUUCAAGUGAAAAUGAUGACAACAACUUAGUUCUUAACUUAGAAUCACGAGUAGAAAAACAAGAUAGUUUGCUAAAUAAUAUGUACAAUAUGAUCACGAAACUCACUGGACAACUUUCCAAUAAAGAACAAAAUGAUUCUACUACAAACAAAAUUGCAAGUAUUGGGGGUACUAGCAAUUCAACCAACCAGUUUGAAUCCACUUUUUAA